AUGUACGCCCUCAACGCCGCUGCUAUCCUUGCCCUUGUUGGCAUUGCUGCUGCUCAGCCCACCUAUGUCGUCUCCCCUGCUCCUGUGCCCACUCCUCAUGGUGGCAAGAACGGCACCAUUACCGUCACCAGCGUGUACGAGGUUUACACCACCUACUGCCCUGAGCCUACCAGCUUCCACUUGGGCGGUAAGGACUAUGUUGUCACUGAGCCCACCACUCUGAUCAUCACUGACUGUCCUUGCACCGUCACUGAGACUCACCCUGCUGGUCCUACUUGGAUCCCCAGCCAUCCCGGUGGUGGAAAGCCCUACAACCCCGUCCACCCUAAGCCCGGCCACCCUGAGGAGCCUGGUCACCCUUUGAAGCCUGAGCAUCCGGUCAAGCCUGGUCACCCUGAGGAGCCUGAGCACCCCGUCCAGCCCGAGCACCCCGAGGUCCAGAAGCCCGGCAAGCCUGAGACUCCCGCUCCUGGGUACUCCGCCACUCCUGAGCACCCUGCCACUUCCGAGACCCCCGAGACUCCUGAGACUGAGAAGCCCUCCAAGGGCGAGGACGUCCCCGAGACUCCCGUUAUCACUGCCGGUGCCGGUGCCGUUAGCUUCAGCCUUGGCCUUGCCGCCAUCUUUGGUCUUAUGGCCCUGUAA